AUGGAUGUCAACGUCGACUACCGCAUCUAUGAACAGAGGAUAUGCGACAACGCUGAAGAACGAAUUCGGAUCCGUUCCGGAGAGCUUUUUGAUUUCUCAAACCAAUUUACCGGGGUGUUGACGAAAAUGAAUGAGAAAGAACUGCUCCAUGGGCUGAACGACCGUUUCGCCGGAUUCAUAGAGAAGGUGCGUCAUUUGGAGCAUCAAAAUGAAUUGCUCGAGAGGGAAAUCGAGGAAAUCAAACAGAAGGCACAGUCCCCUGCGUCUCUGGCCCAGGAGCACGAGCCGGAGCUUAUGGAUCUGAGGAAACGAGUUAAUGACAUCACCCUUCAGAAGCGUCAGAUCGAGAUAGAGCAUCAGAACCUGGAGGAAGAUUUCCUCACCUUGAGAGACAAGUACGAGCAGGAGGCGCGUGACCGAUCGGAUGCAGAGAACGGCAUCCUUGUGCUGAAAAAGGACGCCAACGAUGCAUACCUCGCCAAACUUGAGUUGGACAAGAAAGCGCAGUCUCUAGUGGACGAGAUCCACUUCCUGAAGAAGAACCAUGAGGACGAGGUAUCGGAGAUGGUGGCCAAGAUCCAAGAGGCUCAGGUAACGGUCAAGGCGCACGACUUUGGCAAACCCGAAAUCACUGCGGCUCUCCGGGACAUCCGUGCACAGUUAGAAGGUCACGCUGCCUCCGACAUUCAGCAGGCGGAGGAGGGCUUCCGUGUCCAGUUCGCAAAGUUAACCAAAGCGGCAGAGAGCAACAGAGAGGUGCUGAAGGCGACCCAGCAGGAGAUCCAGGAGAAUAGAAGGUGCCUGCAGGGAAAAAAUAUUGAACUGGACUGCGGGAAUGGAACGAGAGAGGCCCUGGAAAAACAACUACACGAGUUGGAAGAGCGUCACUAUGCGGAAAUGAUUCAUUACCAGGACACUAUCAGGCAGCUGGAGAAUGAGCUGACCAAUGCUAAACUAGACAUGUCUGGCUACCUGAGAGAGUACCAGGACCUGCUGAAUGUCAAAAUGGCUUUAGAUGUGGAGAUUCUCUCUUACAGGAAACUCCUGGAGGGUGAGGAGUCCCGUCUGUACACCAUCUCUGACACCCACAUCUCCAUGCCCUGCAUCUACAACCAGCCCCCCGUCUACACCCUGCCUUGCCUGGCCCGGAAGGGAGGUCCCACACGCAGAUCUGUGCCCCAGUACAAGUUUGUAGAGGAGAUCAUAACUGAGACCACCAGAGAGGUGGAGAUGUCAGAGAUCGAGGAGACAGGCUCCGAGGAGACAGGCUCCGAGGAGACGGUCGGGGACAGGGAGAGGAGCUGA